CACUGCAGACGACUGGAAUGUGUUUUAAAAUGUCUGCUUAAUGACAACAAGUGGUCGAUACGAAGGAAAAUAGUUACAUUUGCCUUGUAAACAUUUGCGUCCUACUGUCCUACUGUCAUUUGUACAUAAAACUUGCGAAAAAUUGCUACAAUGUCGAAAGAAGCUAAUGUUUCCGCUGAGAGUUCAACCAACAAAAUCCAGAGGCAGGAUACUGCAACGUUACCGAACUCGAACAUCAUAAAUAUUUUGCCCUUAAGAUCGGGCUGUGUUUAUACGUCUGGUUAUUGUGAAGAAAAUGUCUGGAAAAUGUGUGAAGAUGUUUCAACAAGGCUUCCUUCAGAAUUGCUGCAUUGCCAUGUAGUAUUUGUGUCCAACAAAGCUCGCACUAUUCCUCUAUGGCGUCAAAGGUCUGGGGAAACUGAAGACAAACUUGUCAUUUAUGAUUACCAUGCAAUGCUUCUGUACAUGCCACCUGCAGAAAGAUGUGUUGUUUAUGAUCUUGACUCAGAGUUGCCAUUUCCGACCCACUUCCACAAAUACGUCACUGAAACUUUCCGAACUGAUCAAGUCCUUGAUCCAGAUUACUUUCGAUACUUUAGAGUCAUCCCUGCAGCACAGUAUGUUCAGAACUUUGCUUCUGACCGCCGCCAUUGGCGAAAAGCAGAUAACUCGUGGUUGAAAACCCCACCUUUGUAUCCUCCAAUCAGCACUGCAGCAUGUAGCCACAACAUGGACCAAUAUGUGGACAUGGAUCAAAGCAAAGGUCCAGGGCAAGUUCUCAAUCUGACUCAGAUUGUGAAGAGGUUUCACCAGCAGACCACAUCUUCAUAGCUGAAGCAAAAGUUUCGCAAAACACAUUUAUUUCCUGUGAGUUCAGCUUUUCCAUUUUAUUACAGAUACAGUAACCAUGCUACACCAAAAGUUUUGUUCAUGAUCGCACAUGUGCCUUCGGAUAAUAUUGCCACUUACUUUAGAAAAAUAUAUGAAGAUGGCAUGUGGUCCAA